AGUCAGAUUUUGAGUUUGGUACAAUAACAGCACUUUCUUUGCUUGUUUUUCAAUUCAAAAAUCAACCCAAAAGAUCCGCCAGAUUCUUGAUGAAAUCUGUCGGAUCUUGCUUUCCAAACUGUCAGAUUUUCUUCCUGGAUUUUCUAUCUUCUUCACCAUCAUCUGCCUCCUUUUAAAAUCUCUGCAUGCCACCUUCUUUCAUCACUCUUUUCAUCUUUUUCUCUCUUCUUCUUCUUCUUCUUCUCCUGUUUUGGCCUGCAACUUCCCACAUCAUUAUCAUAAUCAUGGGUUUGGCUGCAGAGGCACAGUUUCAUGUUCUGGCUGUUGAUGAUAGCCUUAUUGACAGAAUGUUGAUUGAGAGACUCCUCAAAACCUCUUCUUUUCAUGUUACUGCUGUGGAUUCUGGUAGUAAGGCUUUGAGGUUUCUUGGUUUGGUUGAAGAUGAGAAGAGAAAUGAAGAGCCUCCCACCAUUGCUUUAGAAGCCAAUCAGGAUGUAGAUGUAAACCUGAUCAUAACUGAUUACUGUAUGCCAGAAAUGACAGGGUAUGAUCUGCUCAGAAAAAUCAAGGAAUCUAAAUCUCUUAAAGAUAUACCAGUGGUGAUUAUGUCCUCAGAGAAUGUUCCAUCAAGAAUCAACAGAUGCCUAGAAGAUGGAGCUGAUGAAUUCUUUUUGAAACCAGUUCAACAGUCAGAUGUAAACAGGCUGAGACCACAUUUGUUGAAAUCAAAAGUUAAGGAUGAAGAAGAGCAACAGAUGAAUAACAAAAGGAAGGAAACAGAAGAAGAAGAAGAAAGUGAUUCCCCAGAUAAAAGCAGGACAAAAAUGGAGCCUCAAAAAGUGGUUAAUUCAAGUUAAAACUCUGAUGAUGCAUCAUAGGUUGUACCUCAAUCAUACUAAAGAAAUCUGUAGUAUAGUCCCUGACAAAACAAAUUUCAUUUCUCAUUCAAUUUUCUCUGACAAA